UUCGACUUUGUGCUCGGAUACCAACUGCAAGCAGUUCCCUUCUUGAGCCGGCCUCGACUAUACCUUCUUCUAUCCGACCUUCUUCCCCAUCAUCAGUUCCCAACACCACCUCCACCAUGGUUCGUCUCAACCUCCUCCCAUUCAGCAUCUUGCUCCUCGCCGCAUCCACAACCGCAACCACAACCACAACCACCGAGACAGCCUCUUCCAGCACAGAAACCGCCGUCUCCUCCUCCUCUGCUAUCACGGCCACCAGUUCAGCGACUAUUCCUUCUCCAGCACCAACAGAAGCUAUCUUAGCUCCCAACCCAGGCCAACACAACCACGUUGCCAACCUCACCACCGCCCCCAAACCCACCAUCGACCUCGACACGAUUCGCUCCCUCCUCUCCAAGCUCCCCAAACCCGCCGCAACUCCAGCACCGCCAAAGGAAACGACGGACAAUGGCAAUAUGAGCGCAUUCAUGCAGCAGCUUAAGCGACUCCUCGAGGAAAAAAAGAAGAAGAACGCUGCUGCAGCCAGCCCUUCUUCCGCGCCAGACAAGCCAGACUUGAAGGCCCUCAUUCGCAAACUGCGAGAAGCCACCGAGGCCCGCAAGCAACAAGAACAACAGCCAGCAGACAAGCCCCAAGAUCAACAACCCGAUACCCUCAAAGUCGAUCUCAAGUCCAUCCUCGAAAAGCUCCGGGCCCAACAAGCCGAGAACGCCAAAAAAGAAGUCGUCAAGCGCUUCCUCUCAGGCGCCUACCUCGACCCGUAUUCCGAACGGGAAGUCGAGAAGAAGGCCGCCGCCUUGGUAAUUGAUGCUCUUCUGGGUGAUCAGGAUGGGAGCUACCUUGCUUCUCGUUCUGAAGAUGACAGUGACGAUGAGGAGGAGUGGUUGCAGGCGAGAGCUGCGGAGUAUGGAGAUGAGGAUGAGGAGGAGGAUCAGGACUCGGGGCUUGAUGCUCGCUCUGAGGACGACGACGGUUUUGACGAUGAUGCUGAUGAGGAGGAGGAGGCUUCGAUUAAUGCUCGUUCACCCGACGAUGAUGAUGAUAAGGAUGAGAAGAAGGAUGACAAGAAGGACGAGAACGACGAUGAUGACGACUCCAUCUCCUUCAAAUCCACCAUCAAAGAAGCCUGGUCCGCCGCCAAAACAGCCCUCUCACUCGGCAAGCGAGGCAACGAAGAUCCAGAUGCCAUCGACGACGAGGCCGAUGAUGAAGAUGAAGAUGGAGGCGAGAAGAAGGCGAAUGGAUCAUGGUUUGCGAAUGCAAAGCGAGAUUUGCUGGAUCUAGUGAAUGUCGAUUAGUACUAAGUAGGCGUAGGCGAGGAUGUGGAGUAGCUAGCUGUGUAUAGAUGAGAUACCCAUAGAAUGGAUUGUAUAUGAUUUUUCCCCCCC